CGUCACUGUCAAUCGCCAUUUGUUGUCAGUCGCCAGCUGCCGGUGGUGAAUGAGUUUGUUGAAAAAACGGUGUGACCCCCAAAGCAUAGCAAAUCCUUGAGGCAAACGGAAUGGAUUGUAGUAAAGAAGCUCUCUUAGAUGAACUCUCAGAUUUUGAGAGACAGAAGCCUGUAGAAAUACCAGUAGUCCUGGAAGAGUACUUGCGCCAAGUGGCUAAAACAGGGGACACACUGUUUCCGUGGCACAGAAUAAAACCACUCUUGUGUCGUAAGCUGGAGGUCGUCAUGAACGAAUUUUACGAGACUUUCCCAACAGACUCACUCCCCAUCUUGCCAAACGUUGAAGCCUUUAACUACGACGACAUGAAGUCUAAAAUCUUAGAAACACUAGAUACAUUUACAAGUGCUCCGUUCACUAUACAACGACUCUGCGAACUAGUCGUUGAUCCCAGGAAACAUUACAAGCGCACAGACAAGUUCAUGCGAGGCGUUGAGAAAAAUGUUCUCGUUGUUAGUACAGUGGAGCCAAAGGCCACAUCGCCUCUACCAUUGCAACAGCAGUGUAGUGUUCCAAUGGUGAAUGGAGUUCCAGGUGUCGAAGACAGCGGGAUAAAUGGGCACACACCCGGUGAACAUGACUGCGAGCAGGAGCACGACGACAAAAUUGAGGAACGGAGGACUCCGACAGUAAUGGAUGCCACUGACAUUGUGCCUACAUCGGAAGAAACCCGUACUUGUAAUGGCACGGCUAGUACCCCAGUGGACAGCACAGUGGAUAAGGAAUCUGCAAUGACUGUCUCAGAAUCACCCAGCUCUGCAUCAGAAACAACGAUCUCACAAGUGGAAGCCAAAGAACCCGAUGCACCUGUCAAGCAUCCAUCAGAAACUUGUGCAGAAAAUGUGAUAGGGGAGAGUCUGGAGGAGGUAGAUGCUCAACAGGCAGAUGCAGAAGGAGAAGAGUGUUGUGCAACGAGUGAAGUGUCAACGGCCGACAGUUCUCAACACUCUGAGGCACAGUCAUCAGCUGAGCCUAAUGUGGAAGUCAGUUCAGAGCCCGCGGAUGCUACUUUGACGGAAGAUGUAGCAGAAGAUCAGGGUGAGAAGAACGAGGAAGUGACAAGUGUUGAAGCAAGCUGUGAACCACAGAAGGAAUUGCCAGAGGAAAAUUCAGAAGAACCACCCCACAAAAAGUUUCAUCCUGCGGAACAGGAAGCAGCGAGCAAAACGGUGUCAUCACCUACAUUGGGAGUUGGUGAUGUGUCGGUGUCACCCGACACUGCACCCGUUGCUGCACCUGUUGCUGCACCUGUUGCUGCACCUGUUGCUGCACCGGUUGCUGCACCCGUUGCUGCACCCGUUGCUGUGGCCUUGGAGGAACCCACACCGAUGAUGGAGAAUGGUGACAGUAAUGCUGCUGUCACAGAAAGCAUGGAAAUGAAUGAAGGGCCAAGCGAUCCAUCAAAUGCAGACAUGUCGGAUGUCACAGAAGCAGACCCUGCGCCCAGCCUAGCAGAAAACAAAGAGGAGCCCAUGGAUCAAGACUGAUGCUGAAGAUAGUGUCAUCAUUCACCCUUCUUAUUUUUUCAUUCAUUGGUGGCCACACACUGUGAUUCAGUAUUUCACCAUUUACUGCAGUUGGUGUUCUGUUUUUAAUUUUGUUUGUGGUUCUUCUUAGAGGGGCAUUAAAGUGCAAAACUUUCUCUUCGCGGAAUGAGAUAUGUAAUUACCUCGACACCAACACAAAAGGAACGAGACUCAUCCGUUGCAUCAUUCAUGAUUUAUGAGGCGAACAAAACCGCAAGUUGUGCUUUCCCUCUUCUCUCCUGCUUAAGAAGCACGACAUUGCGGAGCGGCCUCCUCAAACACGUUGCCCAUUUGUCGUGGGAGAUCGUUUGAGGAAACCAGUGGGAGGACACUCCGCGUCUUUGUGCUUCUUGACGAGGCGAGAAAGCGUAAAUUACGGAUGGCAUUACCUUGACACCAACACAAAAGGAACAGGAUUCAUACCUCACGUUGUUUGUGAUUUAUGAGCAAAAAAGGUCACAAGUUACGCUCUCCCUUUCCUCCUCAAGAUGCACGACAAUCUGGAGAGGCCUCAGAUUGGUCCCCUCAAACGAUGAAUGGAAAAAUCGAUUGAGGAGACCAAUGAGAGCAUUGCUCUGCCUUGUUGAGGAUGAGGGAAAGCAAAAAUUACGAUUUCUUUCUGCCAUAAAUUAACGAACGACGCAGUGCAUGAAACCCAUUCCUUUAUGUCGGUGUCAGGCUAACGACUCAUUUUAUUCUGGGAGGAUAAAUUUUUGCACCUUACUGCCACUUUAAGGAAGAUGCACUGACAUGUGGCAGUGUUGCUUCUCCUCCAGUAUAAUUGCUCAAGCAUAAGGGCAGCAGGAAAUUAGUUCUUUUUGGUGUCGUGCUCACGAUAAUCUACCGCAUCAUCGAGCGACAGUUGCUUCAGUUAAUGUUAUAUCGAAACAGCUUCUGUAUCAAUUUAUCAAGUUAUUAUUUUGGAGUCCUUUUAUGGAGGUUGUGCAUCAUUGAAAAUGUUUGAGUAAGAAUGGCAUUUAAUUUUACUGCAUGACCAAUAGCUGUGUCGGUAGGUGAGGUGGUCUUUUGCGGCAUUUCACGUAGCUUGCCGCAAUACAUCGGACUAUUUGCUAGGCGCUGAUGAGCUCAUAGGUAUGUGAAAUAAUGCAGUAGAAAUGAAUGAUUAGCCUUCAUCAUAUGGGCAGGCUUACGCAUUAUCUUGUUUAUAGUCCAUUGGGCUGCUAGUUGAUGGGAUCUGUUUGUCAUUUGCUCAUUUUGUCACUUUCAUUCACUGUGAAUUCACCCUGAUGUGUCACUUGUUGAAGAAACUAAUUAAAAUACUUGAUGUCACAAGAAAUGCAAA